AUGCAUGGCAGCUGCACAAUAGCAGUCGUCGACACUGCCGUCGUGCAGCGCCGCAUCUCGGCACAAGUAUGUACCGGAAGCCCAGCAGCAGGCGCGACUUUCACUUUCCAGCCGCAUGUCUGCAGAAUCAAAUCACACAGCUACGGUCGCCAGGAUUGCACAGCAGCGUGUGGCAAGGCAGGAACCUCGGUCAACAUCAGCGCUGUGGCGAAGUGGCGUGACGCGUGGCUGAGGCAGUGCGCUGUGCUGCAGCGCCGGCAGUGUGCUGAGUUUCUCAAUGUACCGUGUUGCUCAAUGCGCCGCAAAGCCCCGCAGCACUGA